AUGAAUAUUCCAGAGUGGACGAAGGAUGAGCAGUCGAUCGAAGCUGCGAAGCAGUAUGUUCGCCAAACUCGCGUUGCCGAUUUCUAUGAAAUGAUCUGUCGCAACAUUCUUUUCCAUCACCCUGCUGAUCUUCCGGGGUACUGUCUCAGCAUAGUGAAGGACAUUAUGAACGGGACGGAGAUCACUUCAGCGGCUGAUUUCCACCCAAAGAGGAUCGACGAUAACAGGUACAUACGUGACAUGGGCAUGUCCAGCUUCUUAGAUGCAUGGAUUCUGGCGCUGCUUCGGGAACGCCCCAGCUCUGACCUGGAUCGGAUGGAGUUUCACAAGCGAUAUCUGGAGGGGCUUCAGAGCGAGCCGGGCACCGGUAGAUAG